AUGCAUUGGAGUUUACUAGACAUUCAACUAUUCAAUGGAUAUCCUACAAUCCCCUUGGAAACGGACUUCAUAAAGGCUCUACGUAACGAACGUCGAGAAUAUAUCGAAAUUGCGAACGAUUUCCUGCUAUCGGCCAAAAAAAUGAUUACGCUGGUCAAACAGCUUGAGAACAACAUUUCAAACAUGGAAACCUUGAACCGGCAGCAAUCCGCUAUCCUAGAUAAUCUUCAAAAGGGCGAAAAGACUUGA